AUGCGCUUCCACUUUGCCGCUCUUCUGGGCGUUGCUCACUUGGUUUUUGCGGCUCCGUUUCACAAUUGUUCGCGCCGUCUUCCGGAUGGAAUGCCGAAUCCAAGCCCCAGUGAGCUAGAGCAGAUCGAGUUGAAUGCGCAUGGAACUCUGCCAAAUACGCCUCCUCCCAAGGGUAUUAGCGCAUUAGGAAUCACCAACCUCAAGCUUAUCGCAUUCAACGAACUGUUUGAAGUUGCAUUUUUCCAUCAACUGAUCACGAACAUCACCGAAGGGGUCAUGGGGUACCGCUUCUCUGAUGAAGACGACUAUAACUUUGUUUUGAAUGGCUUGAAGGUGAUUCUAGCGCAAGAGGAGCUCCAUGUGCUGGAUGCCAACAACGCGCUGGCACAUGUUGGUAUUGAACCAAUCGAGCCGUGUUGCUAUACCUUCCCGGUCCAAGACUUUGAUUCAGCCAUCUUGCUCGCCAGUACCUUCACAGACGUGGUUCUGGGAACUCUGCAGGACGUCGUGGAGAGAUUUGCUAUGGGCGGUGACUUUGGACUCACACGCGCGAUUUCCUCAGUCCUUGGCCAGGAAGGAGAACAGCAGGGCUGGUUCCGUAUCAUGCAGGGCAAGGUCCCCAGUGAACUGCCAUUCUUGACAACCAGUGAUCUCAACUUCGCCUUCACUGCGAUUCAGAGCUUCAUCGUGCCCGGCACUUGUCCUAACAUCGACACCAUUCCUCUAAAAAUCUUCCCACCUCUCAACAUCGAAGGCCCGACGGCAGAGACUGGAAACAUCAAGGUUUCAUUCGGCGAUAGUGACGAGAUUGAUGAGGACAUGUUGUGGAUCGCCUAUAUCAAUCAGCAGAAUCUGCCGCUCGUGGAACCUCUCCAAGUUAUCUGGAGGGCGAACGGCACAAUCACUGCAAAGGCUUUGUUCCCUUAUGACGCAUAUCUGAUGAACGGGUUGACCAUCGCUGCGGUGACCGCAACCAAGGGACCUUUCCCAGAUGCGUACAGUGUGGCGAACGCAACUCUCGCCGGUCCUGCUCUCUUCAUCAUCAACUGA